AUGGCAGACGCCUCGAAUUCCACUGAAGACAUUCAAGCUGCCCGCGUUAUCUCCAGCCACCUUCCCUCAGGGUAUACCGCUGAUUUCGAUCCUGUCAGCGACCAUGGGAGGACGAGGGACCAGGGAGAGGCUGAACCAGAAUCAUCGCUCAAAUUACAGGGUGGCGAUAUCACCCGGGACUUGUACAAGAUUCACCAGCGAGGCGUGCCUCUUCAGCGAGCUGCCACAAUCUCCCAUCCCAACGACACGCCCCCUCCUCUCGCAGAUGCUUCUGUCGCCGAGCAUCUUGCGCCUGGAGGUUUCCGCCGAACAUUCAUAAAGCAGAAGUACGGACGCUUCAAUCCUGCGGUCCUGCCAGUAACACGGAAUUUCGUCGAGUUUCUUUCCCUCUACGGCAGUUUCGCUGGCGAAGACCUCGAAGACUCGGAAGAUGAAUCGGCAAUUGACGAUCUCGAGGAGGAGGAAAGCCGACCACCAACUGAACGCAGACCGCUUCUUGGUCGCCGCCAAACCACGAGGAGGGAGAAGAAAGGAGACGCCGGCCGGACCAAGACAUUCUUCACCCUGUUGAAGGCCUUCAUUGGCACCGGAAUCAUGUUUCUGCCCAAGGCUUUCAACAACGGUGGAAUCUUGUUCUCUUCCAUGACUCUGCUGCUGGUGUCUGUCAUCACGACACUGGCGUUCCAUUUGUUAUUGCAAUGCCGACAAGUACAUGCCAAAAACGGAUAUGGCGAGCUCGGUGAGGCCAUCGGUGGUCGAAGGAUGAGAGACAUCAUUCUGGGCUCCGUCACCAUCUCACAACUCGGCUUCGUUUGCGCCGGCACUGUCUUUGUCGCCCAGAACCUGUAUUCUUUCCUCGACGCAGUGACCAAAGGCCAAAGCCCGUUGUCGACCAACAUCUUGAUCGCUUUGCAACUGCUUGCCCUGGUCCCACUGGCCUUCAUCCGGAACAUCUCCAAACUGGGUCCGGUCGCAUUAUUGGCGGAUGUGUUCAUUCUUAUAGGUCUCACCUAUAUCUACUACUACGACAUUGCCAGUCUCGCCGAUCAUGGACUGCACAAAACCGUCCAGCUUUUCAAUCCUGACCAGUACACCUUGACGAUUGGGUCUGCUAUCUUUACUUUCGAGGGCAUUGGCCUGAUCCUUCCUAUCCAGUCAUCAAUGAAGCAACCGGAAAAGUUCGAGCCACUCCUGUGGACGAUCAUGUUGAUCAUUACCAUUAUCUUCACCUCCGUAGGGGCACUGUGCUACGCCACCUUUGGAGCGACGACGAAGAUUGAAGUCAUCUCCAAUUUCCCGCAGGAAAACAAGCUCGUCAAUGCGGUGCAGCUUCUCUACGCACUUGCAGUGCUCGCCGGCACACCGGUUCAGUUGUUCCCGGCCUUGCGCAUCCUUGAGGGCAAGGUAUUUGGUCGGCGCUCAGGCAAAAGAAACACAUUCACGAAGUGGAAGAAAAACGGCUUCCGAACCGCCCUCGUCGUUCUGUGUGCACUGGUCUCAAUCUUCGGGGCCAACAAUCUGGACAGUUUCGUGGCCCUCAUUGGUUCCGUCUGCUGUGUACCUUUGGUCUACAUCUAUCCCCCAGUCUUGCAUUACCUGGGUGUUGCUCGGUCGAGGUGGGCAAAAGCUGCGGAUGCUGCAUUCGUGGUGUUGGGCGCAGUCUGCAUGGUGUAUACCACCAUCAUCACCCUCAGGAACAGCUUUUGA